ACUGGCAGGCGGCGCUCCGGCUCUCCCGGCGGGCACUGGCUGCCAGGCGGUGGCUGUUCGGGCAGGAUCCUCCCGGCGGGAUUGCCCCGCGCCCGGUGAGAGCCCCCGGAGCUGGCCCCCGGGUUCAGGGAGGGCCGUGGCCCGGGAAAUCCGGCCCGUCACGGCUAGGGUGCGGCGCUCUGGGCCAAUCGGGCAGAGGCGGGGGAGGAGCCCGACCCCGGGGAGCGCCCCAAAGUCGGGGGGAAAGUAAGUGACGGCUUCUUGGCCGGCCGGCCCCCGCGUAGGGCAGUGCUGCGCAGCCGGCAGCGCAGCCAGCCUCCGGCUGCCCGGGCUGCAAGGAUGGAAGUGCUCUGGUUCCCCAUCUUGUUCUUGCUUUCUGGGACCCCGCAAAGCAGUGCCUCAGAACGCUGUGACGACUGGGGGCUGGACCCCAUGCGGCAGAUCCAGAUCUAUGAGGGGGAGCCAGCCCACAUUCAGUGCCCGCUCUUUGAACACUUCUUAAAAUUUAACUAUAGCACCGCCCACUCAGCUGGCCUCACCCUCAUCUGGUAUUGGACUGGGCAAGACCAGGAUCUGGAGGAACCCAUCAACUUCCGCCUCCCGGACAACCGGAUCAGCAAGGAGAAAGACCUCAUCUGGUUCCGGCCCACUCUGCUCAAUGACACAGGGAACUAUACCUGCAUGCUGAGAAACACCACGUACUGCAGCAAAGUGGCCUUCCCGCUGGAAGUGAUUCAGAAAAGCAGUUGUUUCAGCUCCAGGAUGAAGGUGCCCAGAGAAUACAUGUACAUGGAGCACCCCCUGCAGUCUCUCAGGUGUCCCAACAUAGAGGGAUUCUUUCCUUCCAGUGUUCAGCCAAAGGUCGUUUGGUACAUGAGUAGACUGAGGUCCAGGACCCAAAGCUACACAGACAGUAAAAGUCAGGAUUCAGAUGCUGCUCUGAGGACUCCAAAUCCAACAUCCCAUCCACCAUCCUCCUCUAGAGAUGGGGAAACCGAAAUUCCGAUUUGUGAAGUCGUGAACAACUAUUAUAAAGUGGACGUGAAUGGCCCGGAGCUCGUCUUCACCUACGUCCUCACUUCCAAUUCAGCCAACUACACAUGUGUAGUGACUUACCCAGAGAACGGCCGGAUGUUUAACCUCACCCGAACCGUGGAGGUCAAGGUGGUAGCCUCUCCAAUUUAUGCAACAGCCCCUGAUAUUUUUUCUCCCAAUGACCACAUAACUUAUGACAAGGAACCAGGUGAGGAGCUUGAGCUUCCCUGUAAAGUCCGUUUUCCCUUCUUGAAGGACUCAAGGGAUGAGAUUUGGUGGACCGUUGAUGGAAGAAAGCCUGAUGAAACGAUGAAUAUAACAAUCAAUCAAAGUGAGACAGUUGAAAUUGUUGGAGACAAAACAAUAACCAGGAUACUGAGCAUCAAAAAAGUGACUUCUGAUGACCUGAAACGCAACUACACCUGCCAUGCAAGAAAUGACAAAGGAGAAUCUGUAAAACAAGCCAUUGUCAAACAGAUAGUCGUACCUCCAAGAUACACCGUGGAGCUGGCCUGUGGAUUUGCAGUGACCAUUGUGCUCAUCAUCAUUCUGAUUGUGGUCUACCAUGUCUAUUGGCUUGAGAUGGUCUUGUUCUACCGAGCCCAUUUUGGGACAGAUGAAACCAUUUUGGAUGGGAAAGAGUACGAUAUUUAUGUUUCCUACGCAAGGAAUGCUGAAGAAGAGGAAUUCGUCCUUCUGACUCUCCGAGGAGUGUUGGAGAAUGAAUUUGGAUACAAGCUGUGCAUCUUUGACCGAGAUAGCCUGCCUGGGGGAAACACAGUAGAAGCUGUUUUUGACUUCAUUCAGAGAAGCCGGAGAAUGAUUGUGGUCCUCAGCCCUGACUACCUGACUGAGAAGAGCAUUAGCCUGCUGGAGUUUAAGUUGGGGGUGCUUUGCCAGAACUCCAUCGCAACCCAGCUGGUGGUUGUAGAGUACCGGCCCCUGGAGCAGCCACACCCAAGCAUCCUCCAACUGAAAGAUUCUGUCUCCUUCGUCAGCUGGGAGGGGGAGAGGUCCAAACGAUCAGGCUCCAAAUUCUGGAAGGCAUUGCGCUUGGCUUUGCCUCUGAGAAGCCUGAGUGCUGGCUCUGGCUGGAAUGAAAGCUGCUCUUCCCAAUCCGAUAUAAGCCUAGACCACAUCCAGAGAAGGAGGGGCCGAUUGAAAGUGCCACAAGAGUUCCUGAGUUCAAGGAGAGCUGCAGGGGCAGGUCCACCCACUCCAGGGGCAGUAGCCAAGCACCAAGGCAAGCCCUCAGUGGCUUGUCGAUGUUGUGUCACCUACUGUAAAGGAGAGAAACCACUCAGGAACAAGAACCGAGCAGAGGCUCCCAUUCAGCCCCAGUGGGAGACUCACCUUUGCAAACCUGUCCCCCAGCAGGUGGCAACUCAUUGGGUUCAAAAUGGUAGCAGAUUGAGCACACCAGCUCCCCAGAUCUCAGCUCUCGCCCUCCAUCAUUUCACAGAUCUGUCCAAUAACAAUGACUUCUAUGUCCUCUGAUCCCAAAGAGCCCUGGGUGCAGUUCUCCUUAUUUGUCCCAUUUAUAUGAUGAACCAGUGGGAAAAGUGAGCAUUUGGAACCACAGAGUGGGCUGGUCAAUGGUGUCCUUAUUAUUGCUACAACAUCUCAUUUGUUCUGAGCAGACAGAAGCCCUGAAGGGCCUCAAUUCAUCCCCAAUAACUUCAAAAGACCUUAUAGAUUUCAGUUGGCAUAAGAGGCUUGUUUGGAGCAGAGCACUUUUGGUCCUACCCUACUGUUCACAACGUAAAGCCUGAGAGAAUCAUUUAAAUUGGCUUUUGUUGAGACCUUUCUAUGAACUCUAACAUGAGUGCUUAGGUACUUUUAGGCCAUCAAACAUUCAGGAUGUAUCUGUCUUGGAAGUGUGCCUAUGGGAGAAACUGGAACCCGGCAGAGACUGUUUUAUCCCAUAAAGAGGUAAAAGUAGAGGGGGGAAACCUGGCAGCACCUCAUCCAUUCUGUUCCCCCCUCGGUCAAAGCCCUAGAAGCUCAACAUAGACUAUCAUAAAGUGACAUAUUUCUUCUUUUGCAUAUUCAUGUUUCUUAGACUACCCAAUGAUCGUGUUAAUAAAGUUAUAUUUUUAUGGUCUUUAACUUGUCCAAAACAUAUGACCUCACUCCUUCCUUCCCAUUUGGAGCUGUUUAAAAUUCAUGCCAGAGUUAAUUUCCUUCUCUUUGGGGACUAUUGAAAAUCAUGCCCUUCAGUUAAGUCCUGACCCAGUUCAGGACCCAGGAUAGAGGAACAUUCUGAUUUAAACAUGAGUACUUUGUACAUUGAGAAGUUUAGGGACAGACCAGCACUGAAAAAGUCAGAGAAUUUUUAAAAAAUUAAAAAGAAUGGGAAUUUAUCUAAAAAACACUGCAAGCUGGAGCCUGGAAAUCCAAAGUGGCAGAUUCAAUAUGAUUCAUGAAGGAACUUGUGAUUUUCCCAAAGACAACCUAGACUGCCCAAAUGCCUAUGAUGUAAGAAUUCCACACAAUCCAAAGUGCCUUUUCCCACAAUACACUUGGUUUUGAAUGGAUGGAUUCUUUAGCAUGGCAUGGCAUGCCUCUUGGUUCAAAGAUUCUCACCUGUGAAAUUGAUGGCAAUUUUAUUUCUGGAUAUUUUCCUAUAACUAAUUAUGGAAUUAGGAUCCCUAAAAGGAUUCACUCAACUGGGAAGAAUUAUUUCAUGCUGACACAGUGUUAAAAAAAUGUAAAAUAUGUUUUGGAAAAAAUUGAAAAAAAUUUUGUCCUUUCUAUAAAAUGCUUCUGUUUGAUAUCAGAAAAGCAAAUAUGCAGGAGACCACAGGUAACAGAGCUAUAGGAGGUGCAGGGACUCUCUACCUGUGCAUGACUCACAGAGAGUGGAAUACCUUGGAGCUCUUACAAACUUGUGCUUGCUGACAGAUUGUAUGCAUGACUAAGCCUCAGAGACUCACUUAUGAAGGUAAUUUAACUAAAGAAGCCAUAGGCAUGAGAAUUCAACAAUAACAAGCAUUUAGUGCCCACUAUCUAAUGGUUGGGGAUACAAAUGUGAAAAUGGGUGGGAGGGAAUCUGUCUUCAGUCAGUUUACAUUCUAUUGCGAUACAUAACACAUACAUAUAUAAGAGAAUGCCAAAUAAGUUGAAAGAGGCAGAUAAUUAGCGUGGAAAACCAAGAAAUGUAUCUAGAGAAGAAGGUGGUACAAGAAGGGAGCUGGGGCAUAAGAGAGGCAAAAGGAAGGAGCAAGAACAUUCCAGGCAUUGGACAUAGCCUGGAAAAAGAUGUAGAAAAAAAAGAAUGGAAUGUCACAUGCUCCCUUAACAGGAAUAAGAUUAUGUAUUAAAAUUUAGUUCUUGUCACAUACUCAUGGCUUUGUGUGGAAUACUCAAUAGUGUGCAAUAGCUACAAACUUAGAAGGACAGAUGGUAAGAAAGGUAAUUUCCAUCUCACUGUGUAUAGCUACAAAAUCUCAUUGUGUGUUAAAAUGUUAAAAUGGUUAUUCCAGUCAUUGUGAAAGACGUUCUAUGUCCCACUUUACCAGUUUAAUCAGAUAUAAUACCAGAGACAGAGACAAAGAGAGACAGACAGUGUGUGUGUGUUUGUGUUUGUGUGUAUGAAAGAGAGAGACAGAGAGACAGACAGAGACAGACAGUGUGUGUGUUUGUGUUUGUGUGUAUGUAAGAGACAGACAGAGAGAGAGACAGAGAGAGAGAGACAGACAGUGUGUGUGUUUGUGUGUAUGAAAGAGAGGCAGAGAGAGAGAGAGAGACAGAGAGAGAGAGAGACAGAGAGAGAGAGAGAGAGACAGAGAGAGAGAGAGAGAGAGAGAGAGACAGAGAGAGAGAGAGACAGAGAGACAGAGAGAGAGAGAGAGAGAGAGAGAGAGAGAGA